CCUCUGCGCCGCCGCCGCCGCCAAUCGCCGCGGGGGGCGGGCGGAGCGCCGUGACGCACACGGCGCGACGCCGGGCGCAGGGCGGUGACGUCAACGAGGCAGCAUGGCGGGCAGCGGGCGGCGGCCCGAGCACCGCGGGCCCCCCGAGCUGUUCUACGACGAGGCGGAGGCUCGGAAGUACACGCAGAACUCCCGCGUGGUGGAGAUUCAGUCGCAGAUGUCGGAGCGGGCCGUGGAGCUGCUGGGGCUGCCCGAGGACCGGCCGUGCCUCCUGCUGGACGUGGGCUGUGGCUCUGGGCUGAGCGGUGAUUACAUCUCCGAAGAGGGGCACUACUGGAUUGGCAUGGACAUCAGCUCUGCCAUGCUGGAUGUGGCUGUGGAGAGGGAGGUAGAAGGAGACCUUCUACUUGCAGAUGUGGGGCAUGGCAUUCCCUUCAGGCCAGGCAUGUUUGAUGGCUGCAUCAGUAUUUCUGCAGUGCAAUGGCUUUGUAAUGCUGAUAAGAAGUCGCACAGUCCUCCGAAACGCCUUUAUCGAUUCUUUUCAACUCUUUAUACUGCCUUGGCCCGAGGAUCCCGAGCUGUCCUGCAGCUGUACCCUGAGAACUCAGAACAGCUGGAGCUCAUCACAGCCCAGGCCAUGAGGGCUGGCUUUACUGGGGGCAUGGUGGUAGAUUACCCUAACAGUGCCAAAGCCAAGAAGUUCUUCCUCUGUCUCUUUGUUGGGGCAUCCAGCAUGUUACCGAAGGCCCUUGGUACUGAGUGUGCUGAUGAAGAGAUACACCAGGCAAAGUUCACAAAUGAAAGGACACGGUUCAGAAACAUCAAGGGCAAGUCUGUAAAGAAAAGCCGGGACUGGAUCCUUGAGAAGAAGGAGCGCAGACGGCGGCAGGGCAAGGAGGUGCGAGCAGACACAAAAUACACGGGACGAAAGCGCCGCCCUCACUUCUGAAUCGUUACGGAUGCUGCUGGAGCAGAAGGUGGUGCGUUGGCUCCUAUAGUGAGCCUCCGGUGGAUGGCGCAGAUUAGCACCCCUGGACCCAAGACCAGCGAGGACAGGUCAUUGCAGGUGAAGGCGGGCAGGUGCCACCUGUCCUUCAAUUGCUAAGCUUCUGGGCCUUUUUUACCAAGGAAGGCGGAGUGGCGGACAGUGCUUUGGCCACUUUUUGCCAGGCCAUUGCUUACCUUCUUGAGAUGACAGCAAGCUGCCUGGAGCUCCAGGUGAGCCAGGACAUUGUACCCAGCCUCUUCACUAAACAGUCGAUGCGGUAUGGUUUUUGCUA